ACUGCGAGUGAGCUACUUAGGUUCGGAAGAGAAAGUUGUGCGGGGAAAGCGGAGAACGGCCGGUUUGCGGUUGCGGGAGAGAGUUGCUCUUUCAGUGACACAUAUAGUAAAACACUCCCAGCAACAACUCACCCCCAAUUUCUACCCUCACUUCUGGCAGUUGCUUUCUCCAGCAUCUGUAAAAGGGAAAUUAGAAGAAAUUACAAUGCAGACCAACUAGUGAUUAGUUAGUCCAGAUCACACCAUUUGUUCUCAGUUCUCAACAUGUUACACAUAUUCUCAAAAAAUGGGAGAAUCUUUCAUGAAUGCUGCUGUGGGAUGGGGCUCUGGUUGACCAGAAUGGAUUAAGUGUUUACUUUCUUCCGGUGACGCAAGACUGAAUAAUUACAAAUAUAAAUAUUGCACAUCACACUGUAAAAUGUCGCUAACAAUUGUAAGAUACAAGAUAGCCCUUUGCUUCGUGGCUCUGGGUCAAGUGGUGGGGCUGUCGUUGUUAUUUUUGGGAAUUGUGGGUAACUUGGAGUUGAACCUCCAUCAGGAGCAGCAAGACAAUAUAAAUGGCGACGAUACUUCGAAACACAAAAUUGAUUAUAAGCAAGUUAUUGAUCCCGAGACGAUGCCUAAUCAAGUAGUUUUGAUCAUUGUGGACGCAUUGAGAGUGGACAUGAUGACCCCGACUAACUUUCCCUUCCUUUUAACUUCCUUGAAAAAUCACAAAAAGACUGGUGUAUUGUUGUAUAACGUCACGGUGGACUCGCCAACGGUUACGCUUCCAAGGGUUAAGACCAUGAUGACUGGAAAGGCACCCACGUAUUUGGACAUUCUCAAGAAUUUACAGACGUCGGAUAAUAGUUUGUCUUCUAAUCUACUAACGCAGGACAACAUUAUUAAACUUCUUAGGGAGAACAGAAAUGAUUUGGGAAUUUGUUUUUUCGGGGAUGAGACAUGGCUUCGCCUAUUUCCUGCCGAUCAAGAUGGGACGUCAAAAUUCUUUCAACAAUCAGAAGGAGUUACUUCCUUUUUCGUGAAAGACUUUCAUGAAGUUGAUAAUAAUGUGACUAGGAAUUUAAACAAUAUUCAAGACUGCAAAUUUUUAAUUUUACAUUACUUGGGCCUCGAUCAUAUAGGCCACGUUUACGGUCCAACGGAACGACCAGAUUUAAUUAAGAGCAAAUUAAAAGAAAUGGACAAAGUCAUUCAAAAGAUUUACAACAGGAUUUCAAAGUUAAAAGGUCAUUCAAAUAAAAGUGUUAUAAUCGUCACUGGUGAUCAUGGAAUGGCUAAUGUUGGAGGACAUGGGGGAAGCAGUUACGAAGAAAUUACUACCCCUUUGGCAGCUGUUAUUACUAGCAUCUCGCACAUGAAGAAUCUGAAGCCGAUAGUCUCCUCAAUUAACCAGGUUGAUAUUGCUCCCACAUUGGCUGCUUUGUGGAGGCUGAGAAUGCCAGAAGAAUCACAAGGGAAACUGAUACUAGAAAUUGUAGAAUCUUUCCAAUCCAGUCAAACGCUAGCACACACAUACGAAGAUAAUUGUAAACAUUUGAUGAAAAUGCUUGGUGAAGCAAGAAUUGCUGCAACUUAUCGACUAUGGUUCAACGAGAUUUCCAAACUUGAGAAGCCACUUUCGAUUAAAAAGUAUAUUGAACUCGAAAACGAACUGGCCGUUGCACUAAGGUCUUUAAGGCAGGAACAGGGAACAAUUUCUGGACAUUAUGUUUUGAUUGGUGUAGUUCUAUUGAUUAUUGUUGAAGGCGUAGCAUUUUUCUUAACUGCACGGAUGCUAUCGGUUGUGUGGAAUGGAGCAAAUUAUGCUGUGAUUUUGUCAAUACUUCCACCUUUGCUUAUAUAUUUCAGUUCUAGUUUUAUAGAAGAAGAACAUUAUAUCCGUUAUUUUAUAUUUAGCUGUGUCAUGUUAAACCUUUAUUGGUACAAUGUUACUGAUUACAUGAGUGCGUGGAAACUGCUGAAGGUUUUAUUUUAUCAUCGAAUUCUAACUACAUUCAAUCAGACUGGGGAUAAAUGGAGUCAUAUACCGGACAUAAACGACAUUAUAAUUUGGGAAAACUUGACAUGGCUCUCUGCACUGAUUGGAACUAUUCUUGUUUGGAGAUUUCUAGUUUAUUCGGGUAGGGAUACAAAACUUUGUGCUAUUUCGCUCGGAUUGACCUGGUGGUGCAAAAUUGUGAAUAAGAGCGAAUUUCUCUCAAAACUAUGGCCAUUUUCGUUUUUUGGUGAAGUGGGUAUUCAACAAAUCACAUUUUUAAUGAUCCUAUUUCACUCAAUAAUUACAUUGUGGAGAAGAUCAGCCAGAGAAAGUAUCUUCACUGGAAUUCUGCUAGUCGUUCUGCAUCUUCAGCGUCAGCAAAAUAUAUUGGUAGUUGGACUGCUGUUGACAGGACUGUUGGAACUCAUUUCGUUUUUCCAUCAUCAUCAAAUGCUGAAAUUGGAAUCCCAAACAAACUUAAGCAAAGUUGCAAAUAAUGUACCGUUGUCUACUCAGGUUGCGUUUGUUUGGUUUGCCCAUAAUUCCUUUUUUUACCAGGGCAAUUCUAACGGAUUAGCGACGAUCGAUGUUAGUGCUGGUUAUAUUGGUCUUGGAUCAUUUGCUUCAAAUGUUUUAAUCGCGAUUUUUAUUUUCCUAAAUACAUAUGGAAAUCCUUUUCUUGUAUAUCUACAUUUUGCAUCCAUCAGGUCUGAUACUAAAGCCACUACCUCCAACAAUUCUACUUACCAUGUCUUGUCAAAUAAGAAACCUAGAUAUCGGAACAAAAUUUCUAAUCCACUCCCUGUGAUAAGCUUACUCUCGAAUGGGGUGGAAUGCAUAAUUUACUCUGUCACAUUGCUCAUGUUCUCCAACCAUUUGUUUAUUUGGUCAGUGUUUGUGCCAAAACUGUUAUAUCUUAUUAGUCAAACUGUGAUGCAUUUAAUAUUGAAUAUUAUUUAUUUAUUUAUUUAAAAUAUUUUUUAUCCCAGCAAUAAAUGAAGUAUAGUUAUGAUUCAUAA